AUACAUACAUACAUUACCUGCAAGUCCACCAAAGGAUUCAAACCUAACAGGUCCAAGGAUCAUCUUCGAUUCUUCAUCUUCAUCUUCCAAAAGGAAAACUCUCAAACGCUUUUCCAAGUUCCCUUCGAUCUACUAUGGCUUCUAAUGGAACUCCUCCGAGAGAGGGGGAUACACAGACGAGCUUGGAGAAGAUCAAACGACAAUUAGCGUCGGGCUCCGGUAGGAAUUUAUUGCAGGGUCCUCUUCUCAAACGAUCUGAAACGCUGAGGAAAUGGAACGAGAGGUGGGUGAUCUUGGACCCAACAACUGGAAAAAUGGAAUACAAGGUUAGGAGGAAUGAACCAACUGUCAAAGGAACCAUUAUAUUUGAUGCAAAUAGCACAAUAACAAUAUCUCCUGUUAACUUCCAUGGACUACCAAAGUAUGAUGGAUGCUGUUUUUAUGUUGGGACACCACAGAAGAAAGAUUAUUUCCUUUGUGCAGAAACUCCUGGUGCAGCUAGAGCUUGGGUGUCUACUUUACAUGCAACACAGUUGGUUCUAAGGGCUCAUAAAGAAGCUGUGAAUUCCUUAAGUGGAAAUGGUUCCACAAAACUGGGGACGGUUGCCACCGUAGUGGCUGCUGCCAAUUCAACAGCCCUGGAAUGCUCUAAAGAAAUUGAAGCAGCAAUGCAGAUUGCCAUGAGAAAUGCUCUAGGAGCGAUGAUGAAUAGGACACCUGAUGGUCCAAUGGAUGAUCUGACAGUCAUGAAGGAAACAUUAAGAGUGAAGGAUGAAGAGCUCCAACAUUUGGCAAGGGACCUUCGUGCUCGGGAUUCGACAAUAAAAGAGAUAGCAGAGAAACUAUCUGAAACUGCUGAAGCCGCUGAAGCCGCGGCAUCUGCAGCUCAUACCAUGGAUGAGCAAAGGAGAAUAGCUUGUGCAGAGAUUGAGCACUUAAAAAAUGAUUCAGAAAAGCAGCUAGAAACAUCCAUGUUGAAGCUAAGGAAGUCUGAAGAAAAGGUUAUGGCUCUAGGUAAGGAAAAAGAUCAACUGAUCAAGCAGAGAGACUCUGCUAUACAGGAGGCACAUUUAUGGCGUUCUGAGCUUGCAAAAGCUAGAGAUUGUGUUGUGAUAUUGGAAGGAGCUGUUGUUAGAGCUGAGGAGAAGGUCAGGGUUGCAGAGGCAGAUGCUGAAGCUAAAUUAAAGGAAGCUGCACAGAAAGAGGCAGUUGCUGCAAAGGAGAAGCAAGACCUUCUGGCAUAUGUGAAUAUGUUACAAGCACAACUUCAAAGGCAACAGGUUGAUACAAAGCAAGUUUUUGAGGAGAAAGCUGAGUCUUGCUCGGAUAUUGGAAAUGCUCUACCACUGACGAAGCAUGUGGAUCCUCCAGGGGAGAAUGUGGACAAAGCAUGUUUGAGUGUUAGGGCAAUCCCGGUUUCUGGGGAGAGUGUUGUCCACUUGGCAGUGGAGCAAGCCAAUAUCCAGCCAAUUGAAGAUGGUGGAUGGAGUGACAUUCAGGCAACAGAUGCAAGGAUAGCCGAUGUGAGAGAGAUUGCCGCCGAGAUAGAAGGGAGCAGCUUAGAUAUACCUGUUGUUGGCCUACCAGUUAAUACCCACAAUGGGCAAGGAGAAGUAAAUUCUUUCCAUCAGCCUUAAUUUAUUCACUUUUACAGCUUAAAGAGUAAACCAUCUCCAAAUGUAAGGAUUGACACAAAGGAAUGCAACUUUCUUUUACCUUUUAGUUCUGUAUCUGGUUGUUCAUUCAUGAUUAAGCUCUAUCCGUGUGCUGAUUGAUGUCAAUGACAUACUUCUUUACUGGAGGGAGUAUGCAAUUUAUUGAAAUUUUCCAGAGCUUCACAAUAAACAUAGUAUUACGAUGGUUGAGUGCAAAAA